AUGCAGAGGAUUGUAUCGCGUCUGUCACGGUGUGUCUAUCGCGCAGGACUGGCGCGGGGUGGGCGGCUCCACGCCCCGCCGCUCGCCCUGUCGACUCGCCGCUACGGAGGAACCUCACCGCUGCACGCCCCAAAGCGCGAGACGCCCGCGUAUCAAUGCGGUGAGUGUGGGAAGUCGUUCCGGCUGCUUAACGCCUUGAACCAUCACAUUAUGACGAAGCAUGCGGGACACGCGAAGGCGAUGGUGCUCAAGGAGGGCAAACUGGAGGAGGUCAAACCAGACGAGGCAAAACGCAAGCCCCCACAGGCCGCAGAAGCCACCUCUGCAGCCUCGACAGCGCCGAACGGAGGCACCAGGCCCGCCACACAUCCCUCAACUGGAUUUCCCGGCAUGGCGUAUUCGCCUCUUGGGGGCGCCGCAGCGUUUACAACUCCUUUUGGAGUUCCCUCGGCUGCUCCUCUGACAUCGCCGGCCGCGCCAGGAGCUGCGGCUGCUUCCGUGGCAAACGGCACCGGGACCGAAAAUUCCGUGUCGGAUGAGGAUGCUGACAAGAAACUUUUUGUCUGCACGAUUUGUCAGAAGACGUUCCGCCUGGAGGCUGCGCUGCAGCACCAUUACCAAGCCAAACACAACAUGGAGAUGCCAACAACCUCUACAAGCACGACGAGUACGCGAGCGGCGACUCAAGGCAGUACCACCGCGGGGGCAGCAAACACCAUUUUUGGGGGCAACACCGCUGACGCAACCAAAUCUACGACUGGGACUCACUACGUUCAUAGCCAGGAAUCUGUUCUUCCUCAGGCGCCACAGUACCACCUUGAUGUCGCCCCCAACGCACCAGAAGAAGGAGAUGUGGCGGCUCACUGGCGCUGCGUCAACCACUGUGUUGUGCUGGGGCCUGUGCAGAACAUUCAGGAAGGCUACGUAUUUGAAGAGAAGGUUGUGCAAUUCACAUUAAUCACAGACUUCGAGGGUCCUUCACCUGGCGACCCGGAUAAGGACUUUCACACAGUAAGAGUCUUUGAUAGCUCCUUCUGUGAGCAGCUAAAAAAGGAACUGAAGGAGGGCGAACGGUUCCUUGUGACGGGUCGGUUGCGCAUGAUACCACAGUACGACGGUGCGAUGAAGAAAUAUUACCACUACCCAGUUAUUCAGGUCCACCCGGGAUGCGGGUCGGUGGUGCGGGUCUGA